CUCUGCAGGGGGCGUCAGAAGCGGUAAAUUGUCGGACGCAAUGGCGUCGGAAGGCGGGCCUGACCCGCGGGUGGAGUUCCUGGGCAGCUACGUGCAGAAGACUCUCAAACUGAAGCCGGAGAAGUGGGGGCGCGUCAUGGCCACCGAGGAGUUCCGCCAGAUCGUCAUGGACUUUCUCAACAAGCCGGAGCCAAUGAUGCUGCUGGUGAUGCAGAACAACGCGGCGCAGCUGUCAGUGGCGUCCGCCUUCCCGCUGAGCCUGAAGAACAAGUCGGCGUACUUCGUGAAGAGGGCGCGUACGCCGGUGCCGCGAGAGGACAUCAACAGCUUUCUCAUCCUGGGAGACCUCGCAGCCAGGCCCAUAGAGCAGCUCGCCGCGCUCGUAGACGAGGUGUUCGUGCCGCUGCUGUCGAACCCGGGCAACAGCCGCGCGUGGCCCAAGGUGGUGGCCCAGGACAUCCAGCGGCACGUGCACUCGCUGCAGAGCACCGUCUACCAGGUGCGCGGACAGGUCAGCGGACACACCGUGCUGCCGCUGCCCGUCGGCGUCGACCGCGUGCACGAGGCAGAGCGAGCGCUCGUCUCCAGCGGCGGCGACGUGGUGGACCUGUACCUGAAGAGCGCCAUUGAGGGCGUUAUCAUAAAGUGGGCGACGCAGAUCAACGACGUGCUCAGCGAGGACUCGUCACAAGCCUUUGGCGCCGGCCACCACCCCACGCCUUCCGCAGAGAUGACGUACUGGAACAAGCGGCUGGACAAUCUCCAGCACAUCUACGAGCAGCUGAGGGACGAGCGAGUGCGCAAGAUGGCGGUCAUCCUGGAGCGCACGGACAGCGCCUACUUCCCCUGCUUCAAGACCAUCUUCAGGAACAUCGUCGCAGCGCUGGCGGAGGCGAAGGACAUCGUGCUGUAUCUGAAGCCGUUGCAGAAGCACUUCACGGCGCUGGAGGAGACGGACUUCUCGGAGGUGCAGCCGCUGCUCAAGCCGCUGAUGCACGUCGUCUGCCUGGUGUGGGCCAACUCCCGCUACUACUGCAACUCUGCCAAGAUCAUCGUGCUGCUCAAGCAGAUCUGCAACCUCCUCAUACAGCAGGCCAAAAAGUACCUCGAUCCGGCUUCGAUAUUCCAGUCUGAUGUUGAUGAAGCCAAACAGAGGAUACAGGAGUGCAUUGGCACACUCAAGUUCUUUAGGGAGAUAUUCGAUGAUCGCAGAGAGAACUUGGCAGGCUACUUCAAGGACCGCGAACCUACCAUGUGGACCUUCCAUCCGAGAAUGGUGUUCGAGCGUUUUGACAGCUUCUUGGAGAGAAUGCAAACGAUAUUGCACUUCUUCGACACGGUGGUGGAGUUCCUGAAACUGGAGAAGGUGGAGAUCGGCGGAAUGAAGGGGCGCACGCUGUCGGCCAAGGUGUGCGGCGUGUACCACGAGUUCAGCGAGCUGCUGGUGCAGUUCGGCGCCAAGUCGUACGACGCGCUCGACCCGGAGGACGACUCGUUCACGCGCGACUACGCCGGCUUCACCGCCAGGAUCUGCGACCUGGACCGCCGGCUCGCCGCCGUCUUCUGCCAGGCCUUCGACGACUGCGCGAACCUCGAGAGCGUCUUCAAGCUGGUGGAGAUCGUGGGCUCGGUGCUCGAUCGUCCGCUGAUCAAGCAGGAGUUCACCGGCAGGUAUGACGCCAUCGUCGACAUGCUGGAUGCCGAGGUCACCACCUCAGAGGAGCUGUACGAGGAGCAGAUGGGUCAGCUGCAGCGGUGGGGCUUCAUGCCGGUGGACAAGUGCAUGCCGCCCGUGGCGGGCGCGCUGCGCUGGUCCGAGAUGCUCCGCAAGCGCAUCUCGGCGCCCGUCAACUCAUUCGUCGCCUUGCAGCACCCCAUCGUUAGCAGUGCGCAGGCACAAGCAAUCCUGUCUCGCCACGCCAGCCUGCUGGAGCGCAUGGACGCGUGGCAGAAGCAGAUGUUCACCGACUGGGCCGCCCAGGUGCCGCAACAGUGCAGGGACAACCUCAAGCUGAGCCUGCUGGCGCGCAAGCAGGACGCCAGGGACCUGCUGCUCAACUUCCACCCGCAGCUGAGCGCUAUCCUGCGAGAGGUACAUUACUUGCAGCAGAUGGGAUACGAGGAUAUACCGCAAGAGGCCCUUGACCUGUACGAAAAGGGAGAGAUCUUCCGCAAGUACACCAACAGCCUCAACCAGACCAUCACCUGGUACAACAAGGUGUGCCGCAGCAGCAUGCCGGUGGAGUUCGCGCUGGUGCGUGAGAGCGUGCAGGAGGUGGAUGGGCUCAUUGCCAAGGGGCAGUCCGAGCUCACCUGGGACGCGGGACCAGAGCUGUGGGAGUACAUCGAGAAGCUGCACGGGCUGGUGCACAACCUGGAGAAGCGGCUGCAGCGCACGCAGGACAACGUGGAGCGCAUGCGCGCCGUGCUGGCGCCCUGGAGCCGCUCGCCCGUCUUCACGCGCCGCGACGGCCGCAAGGACGCGCUGCUCAGCCUCGACGACCGCCACGAGCGCGUCCACAAGCGGUACGCUGAAAUUGAAACUGCAUCUAAGGAGAUACAUUCGCUGCUGUCGGACAACCUGAAGCUGUUCGGGAUGGAGGGGCAGGAGGACUGCGACCGCUGGCAGCAGUACGUGGCCUACGUGGACGGACUCGUGUCGGACGCCCUGCUGCGAGCGGUGGGCUGCAGUCUGGGAACACUAUGGGAACAAAUGGAUGGUGGAUAUGCACCAUUAUUUGAAGCUCAGCUGCAACUGCGUGAACCUACUCUGGAGCUGGUGCCACCCCUUCAGCCACAGGACCAUCCUGAUGGGUUUCAGAAGCUUGUUUCUGGCCUUAUUGAUGAUAUUAUGCACAUGGCUGCACUUAUACCACGCAUAAGUGCAAAUUGUGGCCGGACAUAUGAGGAGGAUCUGGAAAAUAAUGAGGACAUUAAGGAAAUGAAAAAAGAAGUCCUUGAUGGUGUGAAGAAAGUUGCAAAAGAGGCAACAGAAUUUUCUAAGAAGUUUGAAGAAUAUUCAUACCUGUGGCUUGAUGAUCGUGCAAACUAUAUGCAGCAGUUCUUGGAGUAUGGACGACAGUUGACUGGCGAUGAGCUAGAGAUGCUUGCAUCAGAAGAGGAGCAGGAUCCUGAAGGCUCGCCUCCUACAUUGGACAAUUUCAAGGAGCAGAUUGACACGUUUGAAAAUCUUUACCUUGAAGUGGAAAAGAUUUCAUCAACACACACAUUCCACUCUUGGUUUCAAGUUGACAUACGCCCAUUCAAGCAAGCACUGUUAAACACAAUAUGCAAAUGGAGUGGUAUGUUCAAGAGCUACCUUGUUGAUUAUGUUACAUCUAGCUUAUCCGACCUUGCAGACUUUAUACACCAAGCAGAUGAAGGAUUGCUGCAACCUGUUGAGGAGGGUGACUAUGAGCGACUUGUCAGUGUUAUGGGCUACCUAAUGAAUGUCAAGGAGCGUCAGGCUGAUACUGACGAGAUGUUUGAACCGUUACAGCAAACUAUUGAUUUACUAAAGCAAUAUGAUCAGGACUUACCUGAAGAGGUCAAUGUGCUCUUGCAGGAAUUACCAGAGCAAUGGAAUAAUACAAAGAAGAUAGCUACACAAGUAAAACAACAGGUGGCUCCACUGCAAGCAAUUGAAGUGUGCUGCAUAAGAAGUCGAAUCCAGACCUUUGACAAUCAGCAGUUGCAGUACCGUGAUCGUUUCCGCAAAUACCGUUUCCUCAGGUAUGACUGUAAGGAUCCAUAUGACUUGGUGGAUAAAACACAUUUAGAAAUUAAUAAAUUUGAAGAGGACAUGCAAGCUAUCCAAGACUCCGCUUCCUUAUUUGAGGUUAAUGUACCUGAAUUCAAGCAUGUCAGACAGUGCAGAAAGGAGUUGCGCAUGCUAAAGCAACUGUGGGAUUAUGUGCAUAUAGUCCAGACAUGCAUUGAUGAUUGGAAGACCACCCCCUGGAGGAAGAUUGAUGUUGAAAACAUGGAUAUAGAAUGCAAGAAGUUUGCUAAGGAAAUACGAGCACUGGAUAAGGAAAUGCGAUCAUGGGAUACAUAUGUGACACUUGAGGCUACUGUCAAGAACAUGCUAACAUCUCUGAGAGCAGUUGGUGAACUACAGAAUCCAGCAAUACGAGAACGGCAUUGGCAUCAACUGAUGAAAUCAACAAAGAGCUUAGCUGCAUUGCCACCUGAAGUCACUGUACGUUUUGUGAUGGAUGAAAGCACCACCCUAUCUGACCUCCUCGCUCUUAAUCUUCAUGAAUGUGAGGAAGAAGUGAAGAACAUUGUGGACAAAGCUGUCAAAGAGAUGUCAAUGGAGAAGGUUCUACGUGAUCUUCACACAACAUGGUCAAAGAUGGAAUUUGAUCAAGAGACGCAUUCACGUACCGGAUGUACAUUGCUGAAAGCCAGUGAAGAGCUCAUUGAAACACUCGAGGACAAUCAGGUGCAGCUGCAGAAUCUCAUCACAUCAAAGUUCAUAGCUCACUUCCUUCAAGAAGUAUCAGCAUGGCAGCAAAAGCUGUCAGCAGCUGACCAGGUUAUUACUACGUGGUUUGAGGUACAGAGGACGUGGAUUCACCUUGAAUCAAUUUUCAUGAGUUCUGAAGAUAUUCGCAAGCAAUUGCCUCGUGAUUCAGAACGUUUUGACUACAUUGACUUUGAAUUCAAGAAACUAAUGGAGGAAAUGGCAAAGACACCAAAUGUAGUGGAAGCAACUAAUAAGGAGGGUGUUAUUCAGCAACUAGAGGAACUUCAGCGUGAACUUACACUUUGUGAAAAAGCAUUAGCAGAAUAUCUGGAAACAAAGAGACUUGCGUUCCCAAGGUUCUACUUCGUUUCAUCUGCUGACCUGCUGGAUAUCUUGUCUAAUGGAAAUUUGCCAAAAGUUGUUGCAAGGCAUCUAACAAAGCUAUUUGAUUCAAUGGCACAUCUGAAAUUUACGAAGGAUGAGCAAGGGAAUGAUGAAAAGCGUGCUAAAGGAAUGAUUGCUAAGGAUGGAGAAUAUGUUGAGUUUAAUUCUAUAUGUGAAUGCACAGGACCAGUUGAACAAUGGCUAAACAGACUGCAGGCAGCCAUGCGUGUAUCUAUCCGACAUUACUUUGGUGAAGGGGUGGUACUUUAUGAAGAAAAACCACGUGAUCAGUGGCUGUUUGAUUUUCCUGCACAAGUUUCACUUUGUGGUACGCAAAUCUGGUGGUGUACAGAAGUUAAUCUAGCAUUUGCGACCCUUGAGGAGGGCUAUGAAAAUGCUUUAAAGGACUACCAGAAAAAACAGAUUCAGCAACUAAGCACUUUAAUUUCAUUACUGCUUGGAGAACUGACAAAACAGGAUCGACAAAAGAUAAUGACCAUCUGCACAAUUGAUGUUCACUCUCGGGAUGUUGUAGCAAAAUUGAUACAAUCCAAAGUGGAGGCUGGAUCCGCAUUCCAGUGGCAGUCACAGUUGCGGCACAGAUGGGAUGAAAAGGAACGGGACUGCUUUGCCAACAUCUGUGAUGCACAGUUCAGAUAUUCACAUGAGUAUCUUGGGAAUACUCCACGACUAGUGAUAACACCACUGACUGAUCGCUGCUACAUUACUCUCACGCAGUCACUGCAUUUAGUGAUGGGUGGAGGGCCAGCGGGACCUGCUGGUACUGGAAAGACAGAAACUACAAAGGACCUUGGGAGAGCACUGGGCAUAAUGGUUUAUGUAUUCAACUGCUCAGAGCAAAUGGAUUACAAGUCCUGCGGUAACAUCUACAAAGGCUUAGCACAAACGGGUGCCUGGGGAUGCUUUGAUGAAUUCAAUCGAAUCUCUGUUGAAGUUUUGUCAGUUGUCGCUGUGCAAGUCAAAUCUGUUCAGGAUGCUAUAAGAGAUAAAAAAGAAACCUUCAAUUUUAUGGGUGAGCAGAUUGGUCUUGUUCCAACUGUAGGAAUUUUUAUCACAAUGAAUCCAGGAUAUGCUGGACGCACAGAACUUCCUGAAAACUUGAAAGCAUUGUUCAGACCCUGUGCAAUGGUGGUUCCUGACUUUGAGCUGAUCUGUGAAAUAAUGCUUGUAGCAGAAGGGUUCCAGGAUGCCCGUGUACUAGCUCGAAAGUUUAUUACAUUGUACACUCUAUGUAAAGAACUUCUUUCUAAGCAGGAUCACUAUGACUGGGGUCUUCGCGCAAUUAAAUCAGUGCUUGUUGUUGCCGGCUCCCUAAAGAGAGGUGAUCCUGGUAGGCCUGAAGAAGAAGUUUUGAUGAGAGCCCUCAGAGACUUCAAUAUCCCCAAGGUGGUAACUGAUGAUGUGCCAGUGUUCAUGGGUCUCAUUGGUGAUCUGUUUCCUGCUUUGGAUGUACCUCGAAAGAGAGAUGUUGAUUUUGAACGUAGUGUCAAACAGGCUGCAGCAGAUCUUCUUUUACAGCCAGAAGAUGGUUUCAUUUUAAAGGUGGUACAGCUUGAGGAGCUGCUAGAAGUACGCCACUCAGUGUUUGUUGUGGGAAAUGCUGGGACGGGAAAGACACAGGUGUGGAAAACACUUCUACGAACAUAUGUGAAUAUGAAACGCAAGCCAGUAUUCAAUGACCUUAAUCCAAAAGCUGUUACAAACGAUGAACUCUUUGGAAUUAUAAAUCCAAAUACUCGUGAAUGGAAAGAUGGUUUGUUUUCUGUUAUAAUGAGGGAUCAAGCAAACUUAGGUGGCGACAACCCUAAAUGGAUUAUACUGGAUGGUGACAUCGACCCAAUGUGGAUUGAAUCACUCAACACUGUUAUGGAUGAUAACAAGAUUUUGACACUGGCAAGUAAUGAAAGAAUAGCACUGAACCCAUCAAUGCGUUUAUUGUUUGAAAUAUCUAAUCUGCGCACUGCUACACCAGCAACAGUAUCACGUGCUGGAAUUCUUUAUAUUAACCCUCAAGAUCUUGGAUGGAAUCCAUAUGUUACAAGCUGGAUAGAGACAAGAACUUCAACCCAGGAGAAAUCUUGUCUUGUAGCACUGUUUGAUAAAUACAUACCUUCAUGUCUUGAGUGUCUACGCGUUAGGUUCAAAAAAAUUACACCGAUUGCUGAGAUUGCCCAUGUACAAAUGCUGUGCUAUCUUCUGGACUGUUUGCUGACUCCUGCAAAUACACCUGCAGAUUGUCCAAGAGACUGGUACGAUGUCUACUUUGUAUUUGCUUGUGUAUGGGCAUUUGGCGCAACUAUGUUCCAGGAUCAGAAUAUUGACUACCGUGUAGAAUUUACAAAAUGGUGGGUGAAUGAGUUCAAAUCAGUGAAAUUUCCAGCCCAAGGAACAGUCUUUGACUACUACAUUGACUCAGAAUCCAAAACAUUUGUGCCAUGGACCGAGAAGUUACCUCGUUUCAUACUUGACCCAGAUAUACCACUUCAGGCUGUUUUGGUGCAUACAUCUGAAUCCAUUAGGGUCCGGUUUUUUCUGGAUAUGCUUAUGGAAAAGAGGCAACCAGUGAUGCUGGUAGGGAAUGGUGGAGUUGGGAAAACAGUGCUAGUCAGUGACAAACUGUGUAACUUGUCAGAGAAUUAUGCAGUUGCUAAUGUGCCAUUCAAUUUCUACACCACGUCAGAGAUGCUUCAGAAAAUUUUGGAACGUCCACUGGAGAAGAAAGCAGGAAGAAAUUAUGGUCCUCCAGGCAACAAAACAUUAAUUUACUUCGUUGAUGAUAUGAAUAUGCCAGAGGUAGAUGCAUAUGGAACAGUCCAGCCACAUACUCUUAUUAGACAACACCUGGAUUAUAGUCACUGGUAUGAUCGUACAAAACUCUCAUUAAAGGACAUUCACAACUGUCAGUAUGUGGCAUGUAUGAAUCCCACUGCUGGCAGUUUUACAAUCAACCCUCGUCUUCAGAGACAUUUUUGUGUGUUUGCUGUCAGUUUUCCCGGGACAGAAUCACUCAACACAAUUUACCAGUCAAUACUGUCACAACAUCUGACAGAUCCAGAUUAUCGCUUUCCAUCAACUGUUUGGCGCCUCACUGUCAAUGUGGUGUCUGCAUCGCUGAUACUACACCAUAAAGUAGCACAGGUCUUCCUUCCAACAGCUGUUAAGUUUCAUUAUAUCUUCAAUCUCAGAGAUUUGUCAAGUGUAUUUCAGGGGCUUCUGUUCAGUCAAGGAGAUUGUGUGACUGCACCAACUGAUUUGGUCCGUUUGUGGAUGCAUGAGACACAAAGAGUUUAUGGGGACAAGCUCACAGAUGAAAAAGAUAUCGAAGCAUUUGCAAAAAUGCAGCUAGACAUUGUGAAGAAAAAUUUUGAGGAUAUGGAUGAAAGUAUAGUGUUAGAAAAACCAAACUUGUUUUGCCAUUUUGCUCAAGGAAUUGGUGAACCUAAGUACAUGCCAGUGAAAGAGUGGGAUGUUCUAACUAAACUACUUCAGGAUGCCCUUGUUAGUUAUAAUGACCUGGUGGCUGCGAUGAACCUCGUGCUGUUUGAAGAUGCUAUGAUGCAUAUCUGCAGAAUCAACCGCAUUCUUGAAACACCUAGAGGCAGUGCUCUACUUGUGGGAGUUGGUGGAUCAGGAAAGCAGUCUCUGUCUCGCCUUGCUGCUUUCAUCUCCAGUCUUGAGGUAGCACAGAUACAACUACGCAAAGGUUAUGGAAUUCCUGAUCUCAAGAUGGAGUUGUCAGGUUUGUACCUGAAGUCUGGGCUGAAGAAUGUGGGCAUAAUGUUCUUAAUGACAGAUGCCCAAGUUCCUAAUGAGCUCUUUCUCGUACUCAUAAAUGAUAUGCUAGCAUCAGGUGAAGUUCCUGAUUUAUUCUCAGAUGAUGAAGUUGAGAACAUCAUUGGUGGAGUUCGUAAUGAGGUGAAAGGUGCUGGCCUUCUUGAUACUCGUGAAAACUGUUGGAAGUUCUUUGUGGAUCGUGUGCGUCGUCAGCUGAAAGUAGUACUGUGCUUCUCCCCUGUGGGUUCAACUCUGAGAAUACGUGCUAGGAAAUUUCCAGCUAUUAUCAACUCCACAUCAAUUAACUGGUUUCAUGAAUGGCCUCAGGAAGCGUUAGUGUCUGUUUCCAAAAGAUUUCUUGGAGAACUUGAACCUUUGCCUCAAGAAUUCCUAGAGUCUGCAGCCAGGUUCAUGGCUUAUGUGCACACAUCUGUGAACUCUAUGUCUCGGGUGUACCUGCAGAAUGAGCGGCGAUACAACUAUACAACGCCUAAGUCAUUCUUGGAACAAAUUAGCCUUUAUGGCAAACUCCUCUGUCAAAAAAGUGCUGAACUUCAUGGGAAGAUAGAACGUCUUGAGAAUGGACUGGAAAAACUGAAGAGCACUGCUGAGCAGGUUGAUGAUCUGAAAGCCAAGUUAGCUGUUCAGGAAAUAGAGCUGAAACAAAAGAAUGAAGCAGCAGAUGCACUGAUUGAAGUUGUAAGAGUAGAGACUGAAAAAGUGUCAACAGAAAAAGCAGUUGCCGAUGAGGAGGAGCAAAAAGUAGCAUGUAUUGCAGAAGAGGUGACCAAAAAACAGCAGGACUGUGAAGAAGACUUGGCUAAAGCUGAGCCAGCCCUUACAGCUGCACAAGAGGCUCUUAACACUCUGAAUAAGGCAAAUCUUACAGAACUGAAGUCAUUUGGAUCUCCGCCCGGAGCUGUCACAAAUGUUACUGCAGCAGUUAUGGUUCUCCUGGCUCCCAAUGGAAAGAUUCCAAAGGAUCGUAGCUGGAAGGCAGCAAAGGUUGUGAUGGCAAAAGUGGAUGCUUUCUUAGACGCUCUUAUAAAUUAUGACAAAGAAAAUAUACACCCUGAAAUUAUAAAGGCUAUUCAACCAUAUUUAAAGGAUUCAGAAUUUGAACCAGAGUUUGUUCGCAGCAAGUCUGCAGCUGCGGCAGGUCUCUGUGCAUGGGUUAUCAACAUCAUAAAAUUCUAUGAGGUAUACUGUGAUGUUGAACCUAAGAGAAAGGCUCUGGCACAGGCAAAUGCAGAAUUAGCAGCUGCACAAGACAAACUCAGUGUCAUCAAACGAAAAGUUGCAAGCCUUGAAGAGCAGCUCGCACAACUGACAGCAGACUUUGAGAAGGCAACAGCUGAGAAGUUACGAUGUCAGCAAGAGGCAGAUGCCACAACACGCACUAUUGAGUUGGCCAAUCGACUUGUUGGAGGCUUAGCAUCAGAAAAUGUGCGGUGGGCAGAAGCUGUUGCCAAUUAUAUGAAGCAAGGGACCACUCUUCCUGGAGAUGUAUUACUGGUAACAGCUUUUAUAUCCUAUGUCGGUUGCUUCACUAAACAGUUCAGACUUGAUUUGCUUAACAAGAUGUGGUUGACAUUCCUGCGCACACUUGAGCCCCCUAUACCAAUAACAGAAGGGUUGGACCCAUUAACAUUGCUGACUGAUGAUGCAUUGGUAGCUGUCUGGAACAAUGAAGGUUUGCCCAGUGACCGGAUGUCCACUGAGAAUGCAACAAUUCUUACAAAUUCUGACAGGUGGCCACUUAUGAUUGACCCACAGUUGCAAGGUGUGAAAUGGAUAAAGCAGAAGUAUGGUGAGCAGUUGACUGUUCUACGCCUGGGCCAGCGUGGCUAUCUUGAUGUAGUGGAGAAAGCUCUGACAACUGGAGCCACACUGCUCUUUGAGAACAUUGAUGAAGAUGUCGAUCCUGUGCUGGAUCCCCUUCUUGGCCGCAAUUUGAUAAAGAAAGGCAGGGCUAUUAAGAUUGGUGAUAAGGAAGUUGAAUACAAUAGCAAAUUUCGGCUUCUCUUGCAUACAAAGCUAGCAAACCCACACUAUAAACCAGAGAUGCAAGCACAGACAACCCUCAUUAACUUUACAGUCACAAGGGAUGGCUUGGAAGAUCAGUUGCUAGCAGAAGUUGUGAAAGCUGAACGGCCAGAUCUAGAGGAACUAAAAGCUGACUUAACAAAACAACAGAAUGACUUUAAAAUAAUGUUAAAACAGUUAGAAGAUGACUUGCUGUCAAGGUUGUCUUCUGCUGGUGGUAACAUACUGGGUGACACAGCACUUGUAGAAAAUCUAGAGACAACAAAACGGACAGCAGCUGAAAUUGAAAGAAAAGUUGCUGAGGCCCGUGUGACAUCCGUUGAGAUUGACCAGGCUCGGGAGCUAUACAGACCGGCAGCAGCUCGAGCAUCUCUCCUGUACUUCAUUCUCAAUGAUCUGAAUACUAUCAACCCUAUCUACCAGUUUUCUUUAAAGGCAUUUAGCGUGGUUUUUCAAAAGGCAAUUGAGAAAGCUGUACCAUCUGAUGAUGUGCCCACAAGGGUUUUGAAUCUAAUAGACUGUAUUACGUACUCUGUUUUUGUGUACACAACUAGAGGGCUUUUUGAAUGUGACAAACUUAUAUUUGCUUCACAGAUGGCUUUUCAGAUUUUAUUGAUGAAUGAAGAAAUUCAGCCUGCAGAACUGGAUUUCCUGUUACGCUUUCCCAUAAUGCCACAUGUGACUAGUCCAGUUGACUUUUUAUCUGACAGCAGCUGGGGUGGCAUUCGUAGCCUCUCAUCUAAAGAUGAAUACAGAAAUCUGGAUCGCGACAUUGAAACUAAUCCUAAAAGAUGGAAGAAGUUAAUUGAGUCAGAGUGUCCUGAGAGAGAGAAGUUCCCACAAGAGUGGAAAAAUAAGACUGCCUUGCAGCGACUGAGCAUGAUGCGUGCAUUUCGUCCAGACCGAAUGACAUAUGCUAUGAUAGCAUUCAUUGAAGAAAAGCUUGGCGCCAAGUAUGUGGAAGGAAGAACAAUAGAAUUUGCUAAGUCAUUUGAAGAAUCUAGUCCUUCUACACCCAUAUUUUUUAUAUUGUCGCCUGGUGUUAAUCCCCUGAAGGAUGUUGAAACACUUGGUUUCAAACUGGGUUUUACAAUUGAUGCCCAGAAUCUGCACAAUGUCUCUCUGGGACAGGGCCAAGAGGUAGUUGCUGAACAAGCUAUGGACAUUGGAGCAAAAAAUGGACACUGGGUUAUAUUGCAGAAUAUCCACUUAGUGAAAAAGUGGUUGCCAGCACUGGAGAAGAAAUUAGAGUUUUAUGCUGUAGGGUCACACCCGAGUUAUCGUCUGUUUAUGAGUGCGGAACCUGCAGCAUCUGCAGCUGCCCACAUCAUUCCACAGGGAAUCCUAGAAUCCUCCAUUAAAAUUACAAAUGAGCCUCCAACAGGGAUGAAUGCAAAUGUGCACAAAGCCUUAGACAAUUUCAAUCAAGACACUCUUGAGAUGUGCAGCAAGGAAGCGGAAUUCAAGGCAAUUUUAUUUUCAUUGUGCUAUUUUCAUGCUGUUGUUGCUGAGAGGCGGAAAUUUGGGCCACAAGGCUGGAACAAAAUUUAUCCCUUCAAUGUUGGUGACCUGACAAUUAGUGUGAAUGUCUUAUACAACUAUUUAGAAGCAAAUUCUAAAGUUCCAUGGGAAGAUCUGCGUUAUCUGUUUGGUGAGAUUAUGUAUGGUGGACACAUAACUGAUGACUGGGAUCGCCGACUCUGCAUUUCCUACUUAGAAGAAUUAAUGCAACCUGGACUUGUUGAUGGUGAGCUGAUGCUGGCACCAGGAUUCCCAGCUCCUCCCAAUACAGACUAUCAAGGUUAUCAUGCAUAUAUUGAUGAAGCAAUGCCCCCAGAGUCCCCAUACUUGUAUGGUUUGCAUCCGAAUGCUGAAAUUGGUUUUCUGACAACAACAUCUGAGAAUUUGUUCCGUACAGUAUUUGAGAUGCAGCCAAGGGAUGCUGGGGCAUCUGGUGGUGCUACAGUUACCAGGGAAGAUAAGGUAAAACAAAUUGUGGAUGAAAUAAUGGAAAAAUUGCCAGAAGAGUUUAAUAUGGCAGAAAUUAUGGGAAAAGUGGAAGAACGUACUCCCUAUGUAAUUGUAGCCUUCCAGGAAUGUGAGCGCAUGAAUUACUUAACUGGAGAAAUGAAACGCUCACUUCGGGAACUGGAUCUGGGUUUGAAGGGUGAACUGACAAUAACAUUUGUCAUGGAAGAAUUGGAGAAUGCACUUUUCUUAGAUCAGGUUCCAGCUGUGUGGGCCCAGAGAGCAUAUCCUUCCCUACUAGGUCUUACUGCCUGGUUUGCUGAUCUUCUGCUUCGCUUACGUGAGCUUGAAACAUGGGCCACAGAUUUUGUGCUACCAGCAUCUGUCUGGCUGGCAGGAUUUUUCAAUCCACAGUCAUUUUUGACAGCCAUCAUGCAGUCGACAGCUCGCAAGAAUGAACUUCCUCUUGACAAAAUGUGUUUACAGUGUGAUGUGACAAAAAAGCUGAAAGAGGAUGUUGUUGGAAAAAGUGCAACAGUACGCAGUGCACCACGUGAUGGAGCAUAUGUGCAUGGUUUAUUUAUGGAAGGAGCACGUUGGGAUAUCCAGGCUGGUGUGAUUAGUGAGUCACGUCUCAAAGAACUUUUUCCUAUGCUGCCAGUUCUCAACAUAAGGGCUAUUACACAAGACAAGAUAGAUACUAGGAACAUUUAUGAAUGUCCUAUCUACAAAACACGAACUAGAGGACCAACUUAUGUAUGGACUUUUAACCUCAAGACUAAGGACAAACCAACAAAAUGGAUAUUGGCAGGAGUUGCACUACUGCUUCAGAUUUGAAAUUAUUAGAGAUGCAAAUAUAACAGUGCUAGUGCUUUCCAAAGAGUGAUAUCUAGUACAAAUUCUUUAAAAUAUGGAUUCUUGCUAUUUUGCUUUAUAAUUUACUUUGUUGUAGAUAUGAUAUUAUGUUUGGUUUUUU